CUUUUAACCUGUCCCCUGUUUUUUUUUUCUCUUGCACUCUUUCACUAAAAAAAAAAAACUAUUUUAUGGACGAUACCACCAACACAUGUCAACAUAUAUGCUCGGAUCUCUAAGCAACCGCGACUAUGAUGAUUAUGUAAAGCGACAUAUGAGCCGACUGGAUCAUCGAGCCGAUUCCUUCCGAAACGUGCUCGCAUCGAGAGACGAAGCAGCAGCUGUUCUGUGUCAAGAUCCAUAUUGUCGUCAGUAUCGGUCACAAUCAUCAGCAUCGUCACGGAAAACGCCGCAACGUCGUUCUAGUGCUGGCAGCAGCAGUACUAGUACCAGACGACCUUCGGCCGCGUAUCAUCAUCAUGACGAUGGUGGCGACUUUGAUGAUGUUGAGGACCGGCGGCAUGAUCGUCAGGAGUGGAGGUCACCCCCACAAAGACGACAGCAACAACAACAACAACAACCCCCACCACAACCAAGACGGCGAUCUCUAUCCACCACAACAAUGGAUCGUCGGGAACGACGACCAGCAACAAGACGAUACGAUACCCAUUACUAUGAUGACCAGGAAACGGUAAUGUAACUUGUUAUCAUUUAAAAUAAGCCUGUCCUUUUUAUGUUCUUUCGGGGAUAGUAUGAUAAUGGGAGAGAGCAAAAAGAAUUUUGUGUUUCUUUGGGCUAAAACAAUUGCCUUUUUUGACCUUACAGGAUGAGGACUGGCAUCACUACUAUUAUCAGCAGCAGCAUCAGCAGCACCGACCACGGCGUCCAGCCUCCCUUGGCGCCGAGAACUAUUACUAUGACAACGACGACACCUCGAUCCAUAGCAACAUUGACUAUAGCGACAAUAAUAACGAUGACGAUGACGAUGACGACG